UGUGUUAUAUUUCAGACCGGCAAAAACAAAACAACCUGCUUUCCGAGCAUUCCCGAUUUCAUCAUGGCGCUGCCGAUGGCGGUAAAUUCAGGGGCCAGUUUAUGGGGGCCACUCAAAGAGCUAUGGGAAACGGUAGAUGGAGCCAUACUAAGAAGACAGCCAGAGACCGUCCACCUUUUGGAUCUGCAGCUGAAGAAACACAAACCACAUUUUCUCUCACUUUUUAAGAAUCCGCCGAAAAGUGCAGAGCAGAGGGAAAAAGUGCGCAAAGCCAGCACAGAAGGCAUCGCCAUCCAAGGUCAGCAAGGUUCUCGGCUCCUUCCAGAACAGCUCCUGACAGAGGCCUUCAUCCUCAGUGAUCUGUUUGACAUUGGAGAGCUGACAGCUUUGGAGCUUCUCUUGGCCGGUGAGCAGCAGCAGCCUCAUUUUCCAGGCCUGACGCGAGGCUUGGUGGCCGUGUUACUCUACUGGGAUGGAAAGCUUUGUGUGGCCAACUCUCUUCGCACACUCAUCCAGUCACGUCAUGGCAAGACCUUCACACUGGAUUUGAGUGGAGAGCUGGUGGCCUUGACUACCCGUUUUACAGAUGAGCUGAUGGGCCAGGGACUGACCAAACACAUCCUUACCUUGGUGUCAGAGAUGAAUGUGACGCGGGAGUUUGAGCGGCUGCAGAAAGAGCGUGGCUUGGGAAACGAAAAGCACAGAAAGGAGGUGUCUGACCUCAUCAAGGAGUGUCGACAGGCGCUGGCAGACAGCUUGUUUUCAUGGACCUGUCAGUCGGCGCUGACUAAAGAUGACACCUUGGCCCUGAUUGUUCAUCUAGAGACUGUGACAGCUCAAGUGGAUGGUUCACUGGACAGCGUGAGCCUCGCUCUGGUUAUGGCUCUGUUCUACUGCUUGGACGUCAGCUUUAUAGAGCAAGGAACUGAAGAUAGAGAAGAUCUUCUCCAGGCUCUGCCAUUACUAACAGAGAGGCAGUAUGUUUCUGCAGUGCACAGUCGUCUGAUGGACAGCCAACCAUGGAAGCUUCCAGGGCUGCAGGCUGUGUGUCGGCUUGCCUGGGCUCUGGCUCUCCGAGCCCUUUCCCAACUGCCGCAGGGAUCAGCCCUGGUUGAAUUCACAGAAGCAGACGAGGCUCUGGCCGAUCAGGCUCUGUUGGGAGACGUCUUCCUGUUCAUGAAGGAGGGAAUUUUGGGAUGUGACAGCUUUACCCAAGAAGAGUUUUAUAUCCGCCGCCUUCAUUCCCUCAUCACAGACUUCCUGGCACUGAUGCCGAUGAAGGUCAAGCAACUUCGUAACCGUGCUGACGAAGAUGCUCGCUUGGUCCACAUGUCGCUACAGAUGGACAGUGAACUUCCAUCAUCACUGCGGAAGGACUUGGACCAUCUCAUGGUGCUGAUUGGGGAGUUUUACAGUAAAGAUCCAUUCGGAUUAGAACUGGGUCUGGAGUUCUGGUGUCCCGCAGAGUCUCUCCACCACACCUCGCUGCAGGGAUCCUACCUUGGGAUGGCCCUGCAAAGGCCUCCUCAUAAACAGGUGGUUCUGUCAAAGUUUGUGCGUCAGAUGGGAGACCUUCUGCCCUCCACCCUCUACAUUUCUUAUCUGUGCAUGCUGAAAGGCCUUGCCAAUGGUCCACAAUGUGCUCACUACUGUUUCAGUCUUCUUAAGACUAAUGGAGCCACACACAGUGACAACAUCCAGGGAUCUUCAGGCAGUCCAGUUUCCUGGGAACAUUUUUUUCACUCUCUAAUGCUCUACCAUGAGAACCUGCGAAGAGACCUCCCCAAUCCAGACUCGGGACAUUACCGCCACCCACCGCUCAGGGGGAUCACCCAAAGAGAGCUUGAAGGACUAACAGCCUUUUUGCAGCUUCUCACCACCAUCAUUACCUGGAGUGAAAAUGCUCGGCUGGCAUUGUGUGAACAUCCACAGUGGACUCCAGUUGUAGUGAUGUUGGGAUUACUGCAGUGCAGCGUUCCACCUGUUCUGAAGGCGGAGCUCCUUCAUUCCCUGGCAGCUUUUGGGAAGUCCCCAGAAGUUGCAGCUUCUCUCUGGCAGUCACUAGAGUACACACAGAUCCUUCAGACUGUUAGAGCCCGGGGACAGAAACAAGCAGCAGGGAUUGAGGUGGAGCUAAAUGAGAUUGAGUCGAGCUGCGAGGAGUACCCUCUGACACGGGCCUUCUGUCACCUGAUCGGCACAUUGGUGGAGAGCAGCGUGCCUGUUAAUUUGGGGGCAGGGUUGCGUGUUCCUGGCUUUCAGCCCUACCUGAACUUCCUGCGUGACUCUGUAUUCCUCCCGUUCCCCACCAGAGCGUAUCACCGUCCAGCUGAGAAGUGGGAGGUUGCUGAUUCUGUCCUGGAGGUGUUCCACAAGCUGCUGCGCGAUUAUGAGCUGCAGCCUUCAGAUUUUAUCCAGGAGACAGUGGAGCUGCAGGGUGAACAGGUCCCUGCUCACAAGCCCCCUGGUCACAGCAUCAUGUUUCACCUGCUUAAUGACUCGCCCAUGCUGGCUCUCUGCCUCAGCCUGCUGGAGGAGGGUGUUCGCCAGCUGGACACAUACGCAGCCUUCCCUGGUAAGAAGCACUUGGAGUCUGCAGUCCUGCACUGCCUGUGCCUUCUGGAUCUGGCUUUGCAGAAGGAGGUGAUGUUCAUGGACCUCCUCAGGGAGAGCCAGUCGUCCCUUCUUGUGUCGCCUCUCGAGCAGCUAUUCCAAGGGGUCAGUCCUCAAACCAGGAGAGCCGACCACAUCGUAAAUAUUGCGAGCUAUCUUUACCACAGCAGCUCAAACCCAGAUGCUGCUUUCCAGAGUGCCAAAAUCCUGCGUCGCAUUGCCAUUUACCCCAACAUUCAGAUACGUCUGGUGGGAGAUUUCACACAUGAUCAGGCUGUGAGCGAUAAGCUUAUGGCUGGAUUUGUGGAGUGUUUGGAUAACGAGGAGGCAGAAGAAGGAACAGAAGGAGAAGAUGAUGUUGAUCGACCAAAGAAAGUGGCAAGAAUCCAACAUGAAACCCAGAUCCACAUCCUGAAUCUGCUCAUAACCUCUUUGGAACUGAAGGCGCCCAACCUGGCGCUCUACCUUCUGGGUUAUGAAGUCAAGAAGCCUGUGUCUUCAACCAACCUCCAGGAUCCAGGUGUGUUGGGAUGUCCGCGUAGUUGCCUGCACGCCAUCCUGAGUCUGCUGCAGAGAGGCACUGAGAAAAGAUCAGGACCUGUACUCACUCAGCAGGCCCCUCACCUGGCGGAGCUCUGCUACCAGGUGAUCUACCAGCUGUGUGCCUCCCCCGACACAUCAGGACCCACUAUGCGUUAUCUGAGGACCAGUCAGGACUUCCUGUUCUCUCACUUGCAGCACCUACCCUUCAUUCUAACGGAGAACCAGAUUGCUGCCCUCUCCCAGAUGUCGUGGCUCAUGAAAACCGCUGCAAUCGAGCUGAGAGUGACCUCACUGAACCGCCAGCGCUCACACACACAGCGCCUCGUUAGCCUCCUGCUGGAUGAUCAGCCACACCCUCAGCAUGCAGCUGAUGGAGAGUCAGGCAUGGAAGACGAUACCAGAUCAGUCAGUGGUUUCCUGCAUUUUGAGACGGUCUCUAAAGUACGCAGGAAGCUGCUCAGUGUGCUUGAUGCUAUCGACUUCAGUCAGGACAUGCCUGAGCUGCUCCAGCUGGACUUCUUUGAGCGGACUCAGAUCGAGCAGGUGAUCUCCAACUGUGAGCAUGUCAAUGAACAGGGACACACCGUGUGUAACGUCAAGUUACUUCAUCGAGUGCUGGUGGCUGAGGUGAAUGCUCUGCAAGGAAUGGCAGCAAUAGGACAGAGGCCUCUGUUGAUGGAAGAGGUGAACUCCAUCCUGCAGCAGGUGGUGGAACGUAACCGCGUCCGCCGGAGUCUGAGUGCAAAGCGACAUGCACUGCAGUCCUGGAGGAGCCUGGUGGAGACGCUGUUGACCGCCUGUCCAGCUGAUCUCAUACCUGCUGACGACAGACAACUCAUCAUCAGAGACUUGCUGCUGGAUCUGUUUGAUAAGGUAUUAUCAGAAGAUGCAGCAGGAGAGUUGAUGCCCAUUGUUGCAGGAGCAGUCUUCACUCUGACUGCCCAGCUCAGCCAAUCAGUGCUGUCUGAGCAGCAGCAGGGGGUGGGAUCAGAAGCAUCUUUAGGUUUUGCUUCCAUCGCUAAUUCAGCCCUUCACCUGAUCCUCCGCAAGCUGUUGGACUUCAUCCUUUGCACUGGAGGUGGAUACCAGCGGCUGCGUGCUCACCUCUAUGGAUCUCUGCUGUAUUACCUGCAAAUCGCCCAGAAACCUGAGGAACCAGAGACUCUGCAGACAGUUGGAAAAGCCAUGUGGGAGCGGCUCACUGCUCCCGAAGAUGGAUUCGCCAAACUGCAGAGAGAGAACCUCACUAUCAUUGAAAGCUAUGGCAAAGCCCUCAUGGAGGUGGUGUGUAGGGAUGCGUGUGAUGGCCACGAAAUAAGCAGGAUGCUGGCUCUAGCGGUUCUGGACCGUAUCCUGUCAAUAGAUCGUCAGAAUCAGUGGCUGCUUUAUGUGUGCAACAGCGGCUACCUGCGUUCAUUGGUGGAGAGUCUGAGGCAGGACGACACCGCCCUGCAGAGCCUUCUCACACCCCAGCCACCACUCCUCAAGCCACUCUACAUCUAUGAAAGCAAGAUGGCUCUGUUGACCCGUGUGGCUAAAACAGGGCAGGGAGCUGUGGAGCUGCUGCGCUGUGGGCUGGUGGCACAGCUCAUUGAGUGUCAAGUGUUUGACAUGGUUCCUGACACUGAUUCUCACAGGAUGAUGAGGGAUCCAUCAGGCUUCAUCCCAAGUCCAAUAGACCGCUACAGGCAGAUCCUUUUACCAACUCUAAGGCUUCUUCAAGUGAUACUGACGUCUACGUCCCUGAGUCACCAGCAGGGGGCAGCACAGGUUCUCCAGUGGCUGAUAGUCCACGCAGACACCGUUCAGUCGCUGCUGCGUUGUCAAGAGCUCAGUAUUGGAGCUUUGAAGGAACUCUCUCUUCUUACUGCAGUCAUCAGUAAAACUGCUCUUCCAGGUGUUCUUGAGAUGGGUGGAGAGAUCAACAGUGCUGCUCUCAUGGAGUUCCAGGGUCACAUCAACAGGUUUCAGCGCCUGUGUCUGUCCCUGCUGGGCCGUCUGGCAGGAAGCGAGCGGGAGAGGUUGUUAAAGCAGGCGGACAUUUCUUCAUCUGGAAACUCAGCUGAACAACGAGAGGAAAUGGAGGUGGCCAUGAUGCAGGUAUGCGCCAACAUCAUGGAGUACUGCCAGACUCUGUUGCUGCAGAGCUCUUCACAGGCUCAGUUCAGCAUCUGCCUCUUCAGUCCGUCAGGCAGCGAGCCAGCUGGCAGAGAUGGAGGCCGCUCAGAUCUUUCCUCCUCUCUGCAAUCAAUUGCUCACUCCCGAGUCCCUAGCCUGGGUCUGGUUCUGUACCUGCUGAAGAACAGUGCUGCAGAUUUCUUCCAGUUCCACCAGAACCACAGACAGAGCCUGGGCAAGCUGCAGAGCCUGGACCAGCUGCCUCCAGAGGAGCUCAAGGAGCUGUGCCAGGGACUGGUGUCGGGUCCAGGAGGGGUGGAGAAAAUCUCAUCCGUCCAGAGGAGCUUACUAGCCAAGAGGCGACUGGUGCAGUUUAUCAACAACAGAGCCAAACUCCUGGCCUUAUGCUCCUAUGUUAUCGAGACCUGCUUAUUUGUAUUGUGGCGCCAUCUAGAGUACUACCUGUUGCAUUGUUCUCCCAGUGACCCAAAAGACUCCUAUGUGCCUGGAACCAGUUUAUCCAGACCUCGCCUUACAGACGAGUCUUUUGGCGGAUUUCAGGCUAGCGGCGGCCGUGGAAUCGGACUAUCCCGGGUCAGCCAGCAGGACCUAGAACUGCUGAAAGGUGACAUGGCUUCAGGUUUCGGGGAAGCUCUGCAGCGGAAGCUCCUCGAGGUCGAAGGCUUGUACAGCCAGGUCCGCUCUCGCUACACUUUCAUCCAGGCUCUGGUCCGCAGGAUCCGCGGCUUGCUCCGACAGCCCAAGAGCUGAGCGCUCCAACACAAAAGACUGAUAAAGAAACAUUGUGUGUCUGAACGAGUCGAACCCUUUGCCUCGAUAACAUAUAAAUAACUUUUUUUGUCAACUUGAUAGAAUUUUACAGACCAGCCUGUCUUCUGUUGGCUGUCCUGAGGUGAUUAUUAUGAUUCGGCACUUUAUCCCGGUUCUAAUAAUGUCAGCAACUGUUUUUUGGGAGAAUGCACCUAUAUUUGUACUUGUUAAGUACUUUGAUAUUCUUCUGGAUUGUCAAUUUUGUCCUUUUUUGAAAAUAAAUAUUUUCUAAAAGUGUAGAAUGUUAAAUAUUUAACAUUUAUUACACUAAACUUUUACAGCUAUCAGUGCCUUGCAGUAAAUUACGACAUUAAAAGAAACAGAUUUUUCUUGGUACCGGUCCAGUGUGGGUGGACCCCGCUCAGUUCUAAGGUAAAAAAAUCCCACCUUUGUCCACAGUAGAAAACUUUAUUAUCUAACUUUAUUACAAUUUUAAACUUUGAAUCUGAAUAGCAGGAACCUUUGUAAACUUGAUAUUUGAAAUCUUUUAUAACUGAUUUUAUAUUCGUUCUAAAAACAUUUUGACCUAUUAAGCAAAUAAUGCACUCGAUGCUUUUAGACCCAUAUUUUCUUAAAAUAAAAUCAACGUUUCUUCCUGGGGAGGAGGCAACUUCCCAGAACUGUUUUGACCCAAUAUGCAUCUCUAUAAUGGGUCAGAACAAUGACUGUUGUAUUCCCCAUGGUUAUUAUAGGCCAAAACAUUUUCAUAUUAAAGAUCUUUUUUAUGGUG